AGCCCAAACCCGCCCGCCCGCGCCCCGCCCCGCCCGGCUGGCGGCGCCCGCCCGCAGCGCGACCCGCCGCCCGAGCGACGCCGCCCGCCCCUCCCCACCCCCAGGCGGCAGGUUCAGGCCCCGGGUCCGAGCCCGCGCCCUGCAGCUGUCCCUGCCGCCGCCGCCGCCUGCGAGAAAGAGCGCCACUGGGGAAAGGUAGCGUGGCCUCUUGUGCGAAGGUGCUUUCAAACUUUAGGUUCCUGCGCCUUCUGCCCGUCUGUAAAGAGGAGGGAAAGAUGGAGCCCGAGUCCGGGGCGCAAACAUCAAAUCAGACGCAAACAGAUUCAUUAUCUUCAUCCCCUAAUCCUGUGUCACCUGUGCCUUUGAAUAACACAACAAAUGCCCCAAGAUAUGGAACUGUGAUCCCUAAUCGCAUCUUUGUAGGAGGAAUUGACUUUAAGACAAAUGAAAAUGAUUUGAGAAAAUUUUUUUCCCAGUAUGGGUCUGUAAAAGAAGUGAAGAUUGUAAAUGACAGAGCUGGAGUGUCCAAAGGGUAUGGUUUUGUCACUUUUGAAACACAAGAAGAUGCACAAAAAAUUUUACAAGAGGCUGAAAAACUUAAUUACAAGGAUAAGAAACUGAACAUUGGUCCAGCAAAGAAAACAAAACAAGUAGGGAUCCCUCGUUCUAGUAUAAUGCCAGCAGCUGGAACAAUGUAUCUAACAACUUCAACUGGAUAUCCUUACACUUACCAUAAUGGUGUUGCUUACUUUCAUACUCCAGAGGUAACUUCUGUCCCACCACCUUGGCCUGUAAGUACUUUCAUUGUAGAAGAGUUUCCACCUAUGACUACCUAA